CCUGCAGCCUCUCCUCUCCUCACACUCCAACCCUGCUCAUCUCUCAGCUGGACAGUAAGGGCCGUUCACACCACACACUGACAACAUGCUGGGGACACUCUGUACUCUCAUCACUGCUCUAACAUGUGUCAGUGGUGUGACUGUGGUGACACAGAAGCCUCCUGUUGUGACAGUGAGGAAAGGAGAGACAGCCACUAUGGACUGUAACCUGGGGACUGUUAAUAAUAUUGCUCGUUGGUAUAAACAGGUUCCAGGAGGAGUCCCUCAGUACAUGUUAAGGUGGUACCACACUGGUUGGAGAUCUGUAGAAUAUGGUUCUGGUUUCUCCUCUCCUAAAUUCACAUCUAAUCAUCAGUCUAAAUCAGAUUAUCGUUUGAUUAUUAACAAUGUGGAGGAGGCAGACUCAGCAGUGUAUUACUGUCAGACACAUGAUGGCAAUGAGCACGUAUUCGGACAAGGAACCAAGCUCAUUGUCAGUAACUCUACCCUCCCUCCGCCUGUCUUGACCAUCCUCCCUCCGUCCAGCGAUGAGUUGAAGUCCAACAAAGUCACCCUGGUGUGUCUGGCCAGUCAGAUGGCCAUGGGCUACGCCGAUGUCAGCUGGACCGCUGGCGGGAAUCCGGUCACCGGCGUCAUCGCUACGAGUGGGCCGGUGCCGCAAGCCGACAAGACGUUCCAACUCAGUAGUUGUCUGACCGUUGACACGUCAGAAUGGAACCAGGACAAAGUGUUCUCAUGUAAAGUCACCGUGGGCUCCAAGUUCGCUGAGAAAGGCAUCAAGAAGUCUGAAUGCAGCCUUGAGUAGCCUGAGAAUCAUUGUAAUGUCAAUUUGAUAUUCUACAUCACUUUUCAAGAUAUUGUUAACGCAUUAGAAGUUUAACCUACAUAUAUACAUUAUGUUCCAUUAAAGAGAGAAAUAUCCACUAAUACUGAUAUCGUAGGCUAUAUGAUAAGUAUACUUUUUAUAUUUGAAAUUGGUUGAUUUGCAGAUGUAUAAUAGAGGAAUAGUUAGAGCUUUGUUGUAUUGUGGAUAUUCUAUAAAGAGCAUUAUAAAGAACAAGUGUUUGUAUUUGAUCAUGUUGAUGAGCAUCAGUGUUAGCAGCACUAAAUGAGGGUGAAUUUAACUGAACUCAAAUAGAGCAGCCUGCUCUCUGACUUUAGACCAGCUACAGAAAUAGUUGAUCCAGAUAUCCAGGAUGUAGAGCAGGUUUACUGUAAUGUUAAUGAAUAACCAGAGAUGGACCAGAGGUUUAGUUUAAAUUAAAACUUCACAUUGUUGAGAACCUUCAUUAGUGUGAUAUGAUUGUUUUAUAAACUGGGUUGUUCGAGCCCUGAAUGCUGAUUGGCUGACAGCCGUGGUAUACUGUAUCAGACCGAAUACCAGAACAUUUAUUUGUACUGCUUUAAUUACGUUGGUAACCCGUUUAUAAUCCCAUUAAGGCACCUCGGGGGUUUGUGGUAUAUGGCCAAUAUACUACGGCUAAGGGCUGAAGCCAGGCACUCCACAUUGCGUUUUGCUUUAGAACAGCCCUUAGCCGUGGUAUAUUGGCCAUAUACCACACCCCCUCAGGACCUUAUUGCUUAAUUAUAAUAUAAUUCUGAAAUACCUAUUUAAUUAUCAUCCAUAUCUAUCUAAAGAGAACUGUUGAUAUGUAAAGAAAGCAUGUGAUUGGGGAUCACAUUAUUUCCUGUACAAUAUUUGCUUGUACUAUUUCACUGUAUGAUGAAUUAAAACAACAGUACAAUGACA